AAGGUGAGGGGAAACGGAAAAGGCAAUGGAGAAAGAGCUUAGGAGCCUAGCGAAAGUCUAUCUAUUGGUGGCGGUGUCCAUGACCUACUCUCGCUACGCCGCCUCCACGAUCCGACCAGGAAAUCUCCGCCUUGUAGCCCUCUUCCCGGUCCUCUGCCUCCUACCCUGCCUCCCCUGGUCUUUCUCCUCCAUCAACCUCCGCGGCAUCUCCGCCUUCUUCCUCGCCUGGCUCGCCCUCUUCAAGCUCGUCCUCCUCGCCUUCGGCCUCGGCCCCCUCUCCCCCUCCCUCCCCCUCCUCCCCUUCCUGUUCACCUCUUCCUUCCCUGUCAAGCUCCAAACCAAACCCAACCCCAAACCUCCCAUCUCUUCCUCUUUAUCCACCCUUCACCUCCUCGUCACCGCCGUCAAGGUCCUCCUCCUGGCCGCCAUCAUCUCCAUCCACCGCUACAGAGAUGGAAUACAUCCGUACUUCCUCCUCGCCAUGUACUGCUUCUACAUCUACCUGGGCCUAGAUCUCUGCCUCACCUCCAUGGGCAAGAUCGCCACCGGACUCCUUGGCCUCGAGCUGGAGCCGCACUUCAACAACCCCUGUGGCGCAUCCUCCCUUCAGGACUUCUGGGGCCGCCGCUGGAACCUCAUGGUCUCUGCCAUCCUCCGCCCCUCCGUCUACGACCCUGUCCGCGCCCGCUGGGGACGCGACGCCGGCAUCCUCGCCACCUUCCUCGUCUCCGGUCUCAUGCACGAGCUCAUGUUCUACUACCUCACCUUGGCACUUCCCACCGGGGAGGUCACCGCGUUCUUUGUCCUCCAAGGGCUGUUCACGGUGGCAGAGAAGGAGGCCCGGAAGGCCGGCUGGUGGCGGCUGCAUCCGGUUGCGGCGGCGCCGCUGGCCAUCGGGUUCAUCGUCGGCACCGGGUACUGGCUCUUCUUCCCGCCCCUCUUGAGAGGUGGGGUCGACAAGAUUGGGCUGGCGGAGUGCUAUGCAGUGAUGGGAUUCCUGGGGGACGCCGGAGGUGCGCUGCUCGGCCUUCUCGGCUUCUUGUAAAACCGAUCCGAUCCGGCCGUCCGUUUGCUGCUUUAUUUAUUUAUUUUUUUGGUUUCCCCCCUCCCAUAAUUAAGUCUCUUUUAGUUGUUUUCACGCUGGUAUCCAUGUGUGCCU